AUGGCCUCCAAAGUCCCGUCGCGCGAAGCUCUGACGCUGCUGAAGCACUCCAUCCGCCCAGCAGUCGCUCUCCGCUCGCAGGCACAGUCGCGUCUGCUCCCUUCCGCGGGUGCUUCGCUGCGCGCCCAAGCUCCAGCUCAUCCGUCACGCCAAACAUCACGCAGCACGGCAACAUUCACGCACUCUCACCAUGCCGACGCCGUGUCUGUCAUCCCCACAUUGGUGGACACUAGUUCAGCAGACUUCAAGGAGAAUAGGCGUGAAAUGGAGGAAGUCACCGAAAAGCUGAACGGCCUGCACUCCAAGAUUGCACAGGGCGGCCCGCAGAAGGCACGAGACAAGCAUCUUCAGCGCGGCAAGAUGCUCGUUAGAGAUCGCAUCACGGCACUGAUUGACCCUGGGACACCAUUCUUGGAAUUGAGCCAAAUGGCGGGCUAUGAUGUCUACGAAGGCGAAGACACGCCGGCGGCUGGCAUCGUGACUGGCAUUGGAACAGUGAACGGCGUCCAGUGCAUGGUUGUUGCGAACGACAGCACGGUCAAGGGCGGCACAUACUACCCACUCACUGUCAAGAAGCAUCUCCGAGCGCAGACAAUUGCGCAGGAGAACAGACUGCCGUGCAUUUACCUCGUCGACUCUGGCGGUGCCAACUUGCCUCAUCAGGCUGAUGUCUUCCCGGAUGUCAACCAUUUCGGCCGUAUCUUCUACAAUCAGGCUCGCAUGUCGGGCAUGGGCAUCCCCCAGAUCAGUGUUGUGAUGGGACCAUGCACAGCUGGUGGCGCGUACAUCCCCAGCAUGAGCGACGAGAGCAUCAUUGUCGAGAAUCAGGGCCAUAUCUUCCUCGCCGGCCCGCCGCUCGUUAAGGCCGCGACUGGCGAAGUCGUUUCAGCGGAGGACCUGGGAGGUGGCAAGCUGCACAGCGAGGUGUCUGGUGUAACGGAUUACCUAGCUGUCGACGACGCCCAUGCCCUGGUCCUGGCACGGAGAAGCAUUGGCAACCUCAACUGGCACCGCAACCAGACUGUCUCUGUGAAACCAGCUUUCAAAGAGCCACUGUAUGACCCAAAGGAGUUGAACGGCAUUGUGGGCACGAACCUGCGCAAGCAGAUUCCCAUUCACGAGGUCAUCGCACGCAUUGUGGACGGGUCGUCCUUCUCUGAGUUCAAGCCGCUGUAUGGCUCAACACUCGUCACGGGCUUUGCGACCAUCUACGGACACCCCGUCGGCAUUGUGGCCAACAACGGUAUCCUCUUCAGCGAGAGCUCGCUCAAGGGCGCGCACUUCGUGCAGCUGUGCGGCAAGCGCCAGAUCCCGCUAGUCUUCCUGCAACACAUCUCAGGCUUCAUGGUCGGGCAGGAUGCAGAGAAGGGCGGCAUUGCAAAGAACGGCGCCAAGCUCGUCACUGCUGUCAGUUGUGUUGACGUGCCUAAGUUCACCGUCGUUGUUGGUUCGAGCGCCGGCGCUGGCAAUUACGGCAUGUGUGGCCGUGCCUACUCACCACGCCUCCUCUUUACGUGGCCCAACGCAAAGACAUCCAUCAUGGGUGCCGAACAGCUCUCCUCUGUGAUGGCGGCAGUCGGCAAGUCGGAUCCGGAGCUCAGGAGCCGAAUCGAGCACGAGAGUGAGGCGACAUUUGGAUCGGCAAGGCUGUGGGAUGAUGGGAUCAUCCCUCCCGAGCACACGAGGAGGGUGCUGGGUAUGGGACUGCAGAUGGCAUGUGGCGGGCAGAACACAGGCGUCGAGAAGGAGAGCAAGUGGGGCGUCUUCAGAAUCCCUGCGCGCGCGCUAGCGGCGCUCUGUCUGCUGCCCACGGAUCUCGUGCGACCUUAUGUUGGCGCCGAAGUGUUGGAUCCCAAUUCACCUGAGUCGAUCAAGAAUGUGUCGUCGAACAUUGCGAAAGAGCUGGUGUCGUACUAUGCGACCAAGGAUGAGAAGGGCUGGCAUGUGCUCGGCGGCUACCCGGGUGUGCUGUAUGAGCCGUACUACUGGUGGUUAGCUGGGGCCAUGUUCGGGACGCUGCUGGAUUACUGGCGGUAUACCGGGGACGACCAGUAUAACGAUAUGAUGCGCGAGGGCAUGAUACAUCAGUUUGGAGAGCAUCUGGAUCUGAUGCCUCAGAAUCAGUCCAAGAACGAAGGAAACGAUGACCAGGUCUUUUGGGCGUUCACCAUGAUGUCUGCCGCAGAGUACAACUUCCCUGCCCCGCCCGACGACAAGCCCGGCUGGCUCGCCAUGGUGCAGUCCGUGUUCAACCAGUUCGUCACGCGCUACACCAAGGAGGUUGCCGACGGCAAUUGCGGCGGCGGCAUGCGCUGGCAGAUCUACCCGUGGCUGAACGGCUGGACGUACAAGAACACGGCCUCCAACGGCGGGCUGUUCCAUCUGGGCGCACGCCUCGCCAUGUUCACGAAAAACGACUCCUAUGCGCUGUGGGCCGAGAAGGCGUACGACUGGAUGGACAGCACGGAGCUGAUCUGGGACGACGGCACCAUCAACGACGGCAUGGCCAUGACCACCGACCCGCCCUGCAAAGAAGCCGACAAAACCCCCUGGACGUACAACUACGGCAUGAUCAUUGCCGGUGCCGCCUACAUGUACAACUACACCAACGGCGCCCCCAAAUGGCGCGGAGUCCUGGAACGCCACCUCAACAAAUCCGCCAUGUUCUUCCCCGAGUACUACCGCGGCAUCAUGUACGAAGUCUGCGAGCCCAAGAUGCUGUGCGACACGGACCAAGAGUCGUUCAAAGCGUACCUCGCGCGCUGGCUGGGCGUGUGCAUGCAAAUGGCGCCCUGGACCUACGACACCAUCAUGCCGCGGCUGCACACCUCCGCGGUAGCCGCCGCGCAGACCUGCGUUGGCCCGUCGCUGCACGGCGCGGGCAACUACGCGUGCGGCAUGCGCUGGUGGAUGGACGGCUUCGACGGCGUGCAGGGCGUUGGGCAGCAGAUGACCGCGCUGAAUGUUAUCAGUGUGCUGAAUGUGCAGCGUGUUGAUCCACCGUUGUCGAGUAAGACGGGCGGCGAGAGUAAGGGCGAUCCGGGGCUGGGGUCGGGGAGCGUGGAUGCCGAUUUGCCGCUGCUGCAUCAGAAUGCUAUCGGCGCAGGGGAUCGGGCGGGCGCAGCGAUCUUGACGAUUCUGGUCAUGGGGUUUGUGUUUGGGGGCGCGUGGUGGUUGUGCGUGGAAUGA